UGGCGGGCGUGGUUGGUCAUAAGAUGCCCAGGUACUGUCUCUUCGGCGACACGGUCAACGUGGCUUCUCGGAUGGAGUCUACCAGUCUACCUCUGAUGAUUCAAAUGACAGAAGCGACAAAGAAUGAGCUCGACAGACGCGGUGGUUACGUCAUAUCCGAGCGAGGGAAGGUUGAAAUCAAAGGCAAAGGAAAGAUGACGACAUACUGGCUUCUCAGCAGAAGCGUUGGAGAUACUGACGUCACCGAAAAUUUUGAGGAACCAGACGCGUGACAUCACAAGAGAGUGUCCCCUGCGAUCGUAAUAAUUCCACAAUAUUUGAGCAAUAUUUCUCUACGUUCAGAUGGAGGCUUGCAAAGAUUCAUUUCGUGCACACCACCCGCAAUUUCGUCUUUUAUGAUAAUACAGAUAACUAUAUUUCUGUGCGAAUGGCAUUAGGCUUAGCAGGAAAUUAUGGUGUUUGUCAGAAAGACAAUGAAGGCCCAUGGUAGGUCAUUUUGGAGGUGGUUUACUUCAACUUCAUCUGUCAGGACUAACCAGGCCUGAGCGGGAUAUAACGUUCCAGUAGACAGAAUCAAUACUCCUAUGUUUGAAGGUGGAAUCGGAGAAAUGUUAAUGUACCGUGGGCCGUCCUGAGAAAAUUCCUCUGAAACAAAGGUCUGGUUACAUUCUCCGGUAUCUAGAUAACUCUUUCUUUCAAAUUAAUGAUUUAAUAGAAGA